UUCGUCCAAAUCUACUUUUCCAUGAUCUUAAACCCUGAACCCCCUCAUUCAAAUCUCUACCGAACAAAAUGAACACUCUAUCACUCUCAGCUUCAAAGCACUCAAAAUCCUUCCUCAACCUCCUUAAACCCCAAACGUCCAAAACCCAAUCCUCCAUCUUCCUCCUCAGCCACCACCUUUCCACCGAUCCCGGUCCCGAAACCGAACCCAACCCUAAGCCCAACCAAUCACCCAAAGACGACGACUUGCUGAUAACCCAAGCGGUCGAGCUCCUCCAACCCAAUGAAAAAGACUGGAACUUUGACCAACUCCACCACCUCCUCUUCUCCAACUCCGCCGCUCCUUCACCUCGCUCACUUUUCCACAUCACUCGCCGCCUUGGCGCUUCCUCCAAGGCCCUCAAGUUCUUCGAGUACGUUUCGGAAAAUGUGGCAAGCCCACCAGACUCGACGGUUUCGCUCUCGUCAUCAUUCCAGGCCAUUCUUGAGCUUGCUAAGCGAGAACCCACCUCGCAAAACAAGCUUUAUGACUUGUAUAAGAUGGCGAAAGAGCGGAACAUCCCGCUUAAUAUCAGCGCCGCUGCUCUGCUCGUUCGAUCUUUAGGCAUGGUUGGCAUGGUGGAUGAGGCGCUCAUUGUGUUUAAUGAUCUAGACCCGGGUUUGAAAAACACCCAUCUCCGCAAUGCGGCGAUUGAUGUGAUGUUGAAAUCGGGAUGUGUCGAUGAUGCACUAAAGGUGCUCGACGAAAUGUUUGAUCCAAAAGCAGAGGGGCGGGUCGACCAGGUUACGGGUGAUAUUGUGCUUUCCUAUUUAUUGAAGAGAGAGUGGCCGGGGAGGAGCUUCAGUGAGGAGGACAUUGUGGGUUUGGUGUUGAAAUUUGGUGAGCAUGGUGUGUUUCCUGAUAGCGUGAAGCUUACGAAAUUGAUCACUGCCUUGUGUAGGAACAGGAAGACUAAUAAGGCUUGGGAUGUUUUACAUGAUGUCAUGAAGUUGGGUGGUGAUGUAAAAGCUGCUUCUUGCAAUGCGCUUUUGACAUGUUUGACAAGAUGUAAUGAUUUUAAGAGAAUGAAUGAGCUUAUGGUAAAGAUGAAAGAGAUGGACAUUCAUCCUGAUGUUGUGACUUUUGGUAUUGUUAUUAAUUCUUUGUGCAAGUCUAGGAGGAUAGAUGAGGCCUUGGAGUUGUUUGAAAAGAUCAGUGAAGGAAGAGAGAAGAGUGAUGGGGUUUCGACUGAACCCGAUGUGGUCAUUUAUAACACUCUGAUUGAUGGACUUUGUAAAGUGGGAAGGCAAGAAGAAGGUUUGCGUUUGAUGGAAAAAAUGAGAUUGCAGAAUGGCUGUGCACCUAAUACUGUUACCUACAAUUGUUUGAUUGACGGUUUCAACAAGGUCGGGGACAUUGAGAGGGGUUGUGAGCUCUUUCACCAAAUGAAGGAGGAAGGCAUAUCGCCAAGUGUGAUAACUCUGAAUACCAUGGUUGAUUGUCUAUGCAAGCAUGGGAGACUCAACAGUGCAAUUGAUUUCUUAAAUGAAAUGCAAAGGGAUGGUGUGAAAGGCAAUGCUGUUACUUACGCAACCUUAAUCACUUCCUUUUGCAAUGUGAACAAUAUUAGCAUGGCAAUGGAAUUAUUUGAGCAAAUGUUGAGAGAUGGAGGCUCCACGGAUGCAAUAGUUUACUACAGCUUGAUCUCUGGUUUAAGCCAAGCUGGAAGGAUGGAUGAUGCCAUCUCCGUUGUAUCAAAGUUGAAGGAGGCCUGUUUCUCUCUGGAUCUCGUUUCCUAUAAUGUUUUGAUUAAUGGGUUCUGCAAGAAGAAUAAACUUGAUAAGGUCCAUGAGAUGGUUCAGGAAAUGGAGGCAGCUGGAGUAAAGCCUGAUAGCGUAACAUACAACACCUUGAUUUCCUAUUUCUGCAAAGCUGGGGAACUUACAACCGGUCAUAGAAUAUUGAGCAAGAUGAUAGAUGAGGGUCUUGUUCCUACUGCUGUCACUUUUGGAGCAUUGAUUCAUGCAUAUUGCUUGAAUGGCAAUACUGACAAAGCCAUGAAAAUCUUCAGAGAGAUGGGUUCUAAAUCGAAGGUUCCUCCCAACACUGUAAUUUACAAUAUUUUAAUUGAUACUUUGUGCAAGAAGAAUGAAGUGGAACUUGCUAUUUCUUUGAUAGAUAGUAUGAAAGAUAAGGGGGUGAGACCUAAUACCGCGACAUUCAAUGCCUUGUUCAAAGGUCUUAAGGAGAAUAAUUUAUUGGAGAAAGCAUUUGAAUUUAUGGAUCAAAUGAUUGAACAUGCCUGUAAUCCUGAUUACAUAACCAUGGAGAUUCUCACGGAAUGGCUUUCCGCAGUUGGUGAAACGGAAAAGUUGAGAAGGUUUGUUCAAGGAUAUGAGGUUGCUGCUUCUACUGCAUAGAGUAACUGCACGGACAGAAGAAUGUCAGUAUUGGUUAUAGAUUGUCGAUUUCAGAGUCGGCUAUGCUUAGGAGAAAGCGUAAUGGGUUCCAACUUCUAGCCAUGUAGUUGUAUUUUUCAGUUCGAUAUUGGACACCCCUCAGUUCAAAGACUGCUUAUCUGAGUCUCUGUUGCUGCGGCAUUUUUCAUGUCCUUGGGUGGAUUCCCCUCUUCCACGUUGAGAUCAGGCAAACAAGGAUGUGUUUGUAGAGAGAAUCAGGCAACAGUCUUCUAAGUUAUACUUGAAUUGAAAGCUACAUUUUCUGGCUUUUCUAUGAAAAUAACAUUGCAGUGAAUAAGUCUGCAUGGCAAAGGAGGCAGGCAGAGAUUCCUUCUCUGCAAAUUAUGACAUUUUUUUUUGUGUAACAUGGGUAAUUAUUGAAAAGGCAGCGUU